GAGGAGAAAGCAAGAGCUUCAGGAGGGAAGUGGGACGGUAGCUAGCUAGAUGUGAAGAAAUAAGCGAAAGGCUGGGAAGAAUGAGAGAGAAGACAGGCGAGAGAAUGUUGAAGGUCCCCGCAAGUUUGUAUGAUGGAACGUUUGGGAAAGGAAAGUUCCUUUUGCAGUUCUAGACCCUUCCAGUGGUUCGAUCACGCAGAUAAUGAAGCCCCCUCCAGAUGGAAACUCACCGAUUGCUUUUCUUCCUUUGAACAAUCCGCCCCUCUUCCAGAGAAACCGAAAGAUUACAUGGAAAGCAGAAAGCCUCCGUUGGAGCUGAAGGAUGUUCCACCCCCUCCCCCACCUCUUGCAGUCUCCAAACCCUUUCCCCUCGCCCCCCUGCCCAACCCCCCUACCUGCCUGCAGUCACAGCAGCGGGACCCCCUGCAGCAGCCGGGUAGCACCAAAGUAAGAGCGUGCGCUCACUGCGACGGGAGCCUGAGAAUCCAGCACGCCGACGCUCAGCACACCCGGGCCCAGGGUUUUGGUGUGGGUGGUGGUGUUUCUCUGCACUUAUCCAAACCCCUCGACGUUCCCAGCAGCCGGCUGGCCUGCCAGGUCGGCUCCGCCCUUCACCCCCCUUUCCCCGGGGCGUCCGUGGCCUGCUCCCAGUCCGCCGUCUCGGGGGUCUGCGACGCGCGCCUGCCCUCAGUGGCCACCUCCCAGCCCCUGCCCUGCCAUCAGCCCCUGCCCUGCUGCACGGGGCUGCUCAGGCCUCAGCAGCCCUUCCCUCCUCUCUCACUGCCCUGUGGCCAGGCCAAACUCCUCCCUCCUGCCCCCUCUGUCCCUGCCCCUGUGCAUGGGGGGUGCCUGGCCCCCUCUGGUUAUUACCCCUGUAAUGUGGAUUACAGAGCUGCUGCUAGAGGGGACCGGCACUUCCCUGCACUUGGCGGUCUCUCCUCAUCACACCUUGGCACCAAUCCUUUGCACCUAAAUGUCGAGCGCACGGUUUGUCUGAAGGGCACGCACUACUGCAGAGAAUGUCUGGGAAAGCCGGUCACGGAUACAGAGAAAGUUUGGCCCAACAUCCCCCCGCUUCCAAGCCAGCCAAUCCCUGUGCCAAUUCCCAUGUGCAACGGCUGUGGUGUGCCUGGAGCAUCGUCUGAUGGGAUGCUAACAGUCGGCUCAAACCUGGGCAAACCAAGCCAGAAACAUGGGUCCCCUGAGGGCGGCGGGCAGGAGAACCUGCCCCCCGUGGGGGUGUUCUGGGACAUUGAGAACUGCUCGGUGCCCAGCGGCCGCUCGGCCGUGGCCGUGGUGCAGAGGAUCCGCAGCCGCUUCUUCCAGGGCCACCGCGAGGCCGAGUUCAUCUGCGUCUGCGACAUCAGCAAGGAGAGCAAGGAGGUCAUCCAGGAGCUCAACAACUGCCAGGUGACUGUGGCGCACAUCAACGCUACCGCCAAGAACGCGGCGGACGACAAGCUGAGGCAGAGCCUCAGGCGCUUCGCGGAGACGCACACCGCCCCCGCCACCGUCGUCCUGGUCUCCACCGACGUGAACUUCGCCAGCGAGCUGAGCGACCUCCGCCACCGGCACGGCUUCCGAGUGGUGCUGGUGCACAAGAACCAGGCGUCCGAGGCCCUGCUGCAGCACGCCCACCAGCACGUGGCCUUCGAGGGCUUCGUGUCGGACCUGCCGCCCCGCAUGCCCGCCAAACCGCAGGAGCUGUGCAGCCUGGAGCCCAAGGCCGCCUUCCAGCUGGAGAAGAAGAACCGCGGAGAGCUGGCGUCUCCCCAGAGUAACGGAGAAACGGCCCCCUCCAGAAGCAACCUCACCGUGGACUCGGCCUACCGGGGCAGAAGGAGGGACUGCUCCUCGCCCCGCAGUGUGUCCGACUCCCCCGUGGAGCGGAUGGACAGGAGCGUGGGGGAGUUCCAGGUCAGCACGCCCUCCGCCUUCAGCAAGAUCAGCCUGCAGAGAACCUUCAGCCCCAUGGUGCUCUCCCAGGGCUCCUGGUCCUCACGGAGCGGAUCCCCCUGCCUGUCCAACCGCUCCUCCCCCCUGACGACGCUCAGUCGCAGCCCCUGCCCAGACGCCCAGCCGGAGCCCUUCUCCAACGGCGCCGACAUCCAGGUGGCCAACAUGGACUACAGGAUGUCCCGAAAGGAGCUCCAGCAGAUCCUGAACGACACCUUCUCCAAGCACGGCCGGGUGAAGAGCGUGGAGCUGAGCCCUCACACAGACUACCAGCUGAGGGCCACGGUGCAGAUGUGCUCCCUGCAGCAGGCCAUCAGCGCCGUCAGCGGACUGCACCGCUACAAGAUCGGAGGCAAGCGCAUCCAUGUCUCCCUCAUCACUGGUGCUAACAACCGGUCUCUCACAGCGCUCAGUUCUGAAAUCAUGGGCAUCCUUCAGGAUGCACCCGCCUGUUGCCUGCCCUUGUUUAAGUUAACUGAAAUAUACGAGAAAAAGUUUGGUCAUAAGCUGGCGGUGAGUGACCUGUACAAGCUGUCCGAGGUGGUGGCGGUGCGGGACCAGGGCAGCAGCCGGCUAGUGUGCCUCCUCCCCAGCAGCCAGGCCCGCCAGAGCCCCCUGGGCUCCUCCCAGUCCCACGACGGCUCCUCCACCAGCUGCAGCCCGGUGGUGUUCGAGGAGCUGGAGUACCACGAGCCCGUCUGCAGACUCCACUGCACCCAGCACGGCUUCAGCGAGUCGGACUUCGACCCGGACUCCUAUAAGAUCCCGUUCGUGGUGCUUUCCCUCAAGGCCUUUGCCGCCCAGGUGCACAGCCUGCUGCAGAGCCACGAGGGCACAGUGCCUUUGCUCAGUUUCCCAGAGUGCUACGAGGCUGAGUUCAGUCCCCUGAAGCUGGGGGAGGAGGGGGAGCUGGAGGGUUCAGUCCCUCUGGAGCACCUGAUCACCUGCAUCCCGGGCAUCAACAUCGUCACGGCUCAGAAUGGCUUCAAGGUCAUCAAAUGGAUCCACAACAAGCCCCCGCCACCCAAUGCAGACCCCUGGGUGCAGCGCUGUAAGAGCCCCGUGGGGAACCCGCAGCUCAUCCAGCUGAGCAGAGAGAUCAUCGACCUGAUGAAGAACCAGCCCUCCUGCACCAUGCCCAUCAGCAAGUUCAUCCCCUCCUACCACCACCACUUCGCCAAGCAGUGCCGUGUCUCCGACUACGGCUACUCCAAGCUGCUGGAGCUCCUGGAGGCCGUGCCUCACGUGCUGCAGAUCCUCGGCAUGGGCUCUAAGCGGCUGCUGACCCUGACCCACCGCGCCCAGGUCAAGCGCUUCACCCAGGACCUGCUGAAGCUGCUCAAGUUCCAGGUCAGCAAGCAGGUGGUGAUCCGGGACUUCAUGCAGGCCUACCACUGGUGUUUCUCCAGGGACUGGCAGGUUAUUGAGUACGGCAUGUGCGACCUGAUGGAUCUGCUGGCAGAGAUUCCCGACACAACAAUCACCAUAACACAGCAAGACAAUGACACGCUCAUCUCCAUUCCCAAGAGAGAGAGGACUCCAGAGGAGAUGGAGAGAACCAAGCAGUUUGCCAAAGAGGUGGUGGACCUCCUGCGGCACCAGCCCCACUGCCGGAUGUCCUUCAGCAAGUUCAUCCCGUCCUACCACCACCACUUCGGCCGCCAGUGCAAGCUCACCUACUACGGCUUCACCAAGCUGAUGGAGCUCUUUGAGGCCAUUCCCGAAGUGCUGCUGGUGCUGGAGUGCGGGGAGGAGAAGAUCCUCACGCUGACGGAGAUGGAGAAGGUGAAGGCCCUGGCGGCACAGCUGGUGAAGCUGCUGCGCUCUCAGAAGGACACCAGCCUCCCGCUGGGCGAGCUGCUCUCCGAGUACAGCAGGACCUUCGGCUACGGCCUGCGUCUGCAGGACUUCGACGUCAGCUCCGUCCCCGCCCUGCUGCACAAGCUCUGCCACGUCGUCAAGGUGGUGGAGGGGGCGCAGGGCCGUGAGGUGCAGCUCAUCAGCAGGAAGUCGCUGCGCUCCCUGACCGCACAGCUGCUGGCCCUGCUCAUGUCCCUGCCGGACGGGAGGGACUGGCUGAGCGUGGAGGGGCUGAGCCUGCAGUACGAGGCCGUGCACUGCGCCCCGCUCAACCCCUGCGAGUACGGCUUCGUCUCCCUCAGCGAGCUGCUCAAGAGCCUGCCCUACCUCGUCGAGCUGUUUGAGAGCGAUCUGGAGGAUCGGGAAGAGCGUGUGAGGUUGACCCGGCUCUACCAGUUUGCGUGCAGUGUGAGAGCCCUGCUGCACACCUACCACUACCACCAGAUCUUCCUCACCGAGUUCUCAGGGGCCUUCAGCAAGUACACGGGCAGGGGUCUGCAGCCGCGCUCCUACGGGUACAGCACUCUGGAGGAGCUGCUGGCGGCCAUUCCCCAGGUAGUCUGGAUUAAAGGCCACGGACACAAGAAGAUUAUCGUUCUGAAGAAUGACAUGAAAGUGCGGGCGAGCCCCAACACCAGCGAGAGCCCCCAGCCAGACGGGGAGAGAGGGGGGAGCCCAUGUGAUGCUGUGGAGCUCAGGGCACAGAGCCCAGGUGGUAGUGGGACAGAGGCGGAGCUGCUGUGCCUGAGUUCGGGCUCUCCCGUAGACCUGCUGUGUGGGCCCGUCCCGUCCUGCCUGCCCUCCCCUCAGCUGCACCCCGACCCCGUGCUCCUGCAGCAGGCCGACCUGAUCCGCUUCGAGGAGCAGUCUCCUGCCCCCCCGGCAGAGGGUGAGACGGCGGACCCCCCCACAGCUCCUGAUGUCUGUGAAACCGCCCCGGUCCUCAAGGACCCUGCGUCCGUGGGAGAGACCCGGCCGCCCCCCGCAGAGCCGACCGCCGCAGCCAGGCCACCGCAGCCCCCUGCCCUGAAGGCCGCCCUGACGGACAGCCCCAGCAAGAGGGCGUCUCGCAACCGAGUGAAGCUGGCAGCCAACUUCUCCUUCGCCCCGGUCACUCGCCUCUGAGCGCCUGCCCCUGCCACCUCUGUACCCACAAGCCCACGGGGCAGGAGAAGCAUCGUCACGUUUUUACUUUUUCCUGUCCUAUUGAAUCUUCACACGUAUCCUGUGCUUACUUUUCUUGCUGUAUCACUGUACAUGUUGAGCAUUUUCUUUAAGUAUUUGUACACAGUCGUAUCAGGGGUUUUUUAUUCAAGCUGCGGCUUGGUCUCGGGACUCUUGAGGUUUCCUGGUAGGACACCUCUGCAGAUUUUCAGUUUUCAAAGCAACAUGCUUUCUGUUGAGGUUCCGUAUGUCUGAAAGAGACAUGAUUGUAACGGAUGAUUGCGUAUUUAUCUUGAUAUUGUUUUAAACCAUGUAGUUUACAGUUAUACUGAAGGGAACUGGGCAAACCAGUGCAAAAAAAGUAUUACAGAUGAGUUGGUUGAAACUGCAUAGAGGGGCUUCACGAACUUUAACUAUUAGGCUAUGAAGAACAGGCUCUUUCCCCCCCAUCUGAAAAUGUCACCCCUUGAGGAAUUUGGGAAUUUCACAAACACAGGGAUUACGCCUCAAAACCCUGUCUGUUCUGCUGAUAUUGUUUGGAAUAAUGCUUUUGUUAGAAACCUUAGUGUUUCAAGGUGGCCUCAAACCAAUCAAAAGCUUCUCACCUGUUUUAGUCACCUCCUGUCAGGGCUCAGGGAUAUAGUGUAAUGCAGAAGCAGACUGAUGCAAAGCAGUGGUAACUCGAGCAAGGCUGAAUUUAUGUAUUUGUAGAGUAUUCAUAGGUAAGGUAUUGACUUAAGGGCACAAUUCUAAGUAUGAAGAUUAUUUUCCAUGCCCCCUUCUGUUGUAACCUUCUUUUCUUUCAGCGUACAAUGUAGCAGCAGUGAAUAGUUGAUUUACUCUAGAAUUCUUUAGAGUCCCAGAUUUUCCCCUCGCUUGGAAUUUAAUUAAUGGGGGAGGGAAAACACCUAUUUUAGGGUGUUUUUUUAAAGCCUUCAUCUCAGGUCAUUUGGUUUAUUAUUGCAGCCUUUUGAUGUAAUCGAGAUCCAAUCGGGAACGUGUGUUGCAUGUCAGGUUCGGAUGGCAGUCUUGAGACACAGCUCACUGACGGAGCUUGUGUCGAGGCGUUUCAUGCAGGCUGUUGCAAUCCGCUUUGCUCCGGGAUGGCGGGAAUGUGGAGGCUCCAGGCAGCUCGAGCCUUAGUUCUCGCAGCGAUUUCGAGUCUGCCUUCAUGAGGCUGGCUGUGUCUCAGGGCGAGGCCGGCCUUGGCUUCGGACUCGAGGGUGCGUGACCCUGGGAAGGCCUAGCACUUCACAGCCAAGAGCCGAGCACAAACUCGUCUUCGUGUUUUUUGUUUCGCGGCACCCCUGGAUAUGGACUGCGGUUCACACCUCCGUCGGUGGUGUGAAGUAUGCACAUAAUGCAUAAAUCAUUUUAUGCAUGGGCAGACUGAAGGGAAGCUAUGUGUGCCAGUGGUAGAACUCGUUUAGGUGAAACCACAUUUUUAAUUAAGUUACGAGCACCAUUUCCACAGUACUUGACACCGACAAGGGAUUAUGCGCAUCUCCUUUAUGGUUCCUGUGGAAAUGUCAAGGUUGUUUGCUUUAACCUUGUUGGUUUGUCUCUCUUUUUAACAGAGCAAAAAAGCAAGAGAUGUACCUUUUUUGUGUUUGUGUUGGAGCGCUUGAUGUGCAGAGGAGCCGAAAGCUCACUCACUUUAUUUUUAGCAAUAAAAUGGCUGGUGUUUUUAGUGGUGUUUGAGCAGACUGGAGCUGGAUAUGAACUGCCUCGAGUGGAACAUCGCCACGGGCCCCCAGGGGCCCCAGGGAGCAGAGGGACAGACAGAGGCCCUCGGAGGUUCUCUGGACAGAGCCUGGCUUUUACAAUGGCUUGUAUCAGCCACGGCACGAGAGAGCGACUGGAGCAGUUCUCCAGCUCGUAUCUGUGCGGUCUGUCAAAUCGUUUUUUAGUUGUGUUGUGUUGUCUUGUCUUUUUUUAUUUGUGAAUCCGAAGACGUAUCCCGCUUGUUGGAGCAUUGCGUGCAACAUACAGAAUGUGAAGUCACAUAGUCUUCCUGCGCUUGUGCAGGACUGGAGAAAAGCAUGUGCUGGUUUGGAAAAAGGAAGGUCAACAUCCAUGUUACUUUUUGUGUGCUGGGAAUCCAGAUGUAAAUCUAAAAUGGGCAAGAGCCCAUGAGGUCCAUCUCUUCAUCGAAGGGUUGCUCUUCUCCAUUUGUUCCUGAAGACUGGUUUGUUCUUCAGCAUUUGCGUAUCCCUCUCUCCAGCCUAGUUUAGUUUAUUUAUCAUUGGACUUCAGUUGGCGACACGAGAAUUAUUGCCGUGUUCUAGGCCAGAUGACUUAACGUUAAGAGUAAGGGGAGGAAAUCGCCCUGGAAUGGUUUUUAUCCCAAGAAAUUCCUGUCACCUGGGACACUGGGUGGCAAACAAAACUUCAUGAGAAUAUGAGAGAUCUGCAGAUGUUUAGUUAAUUAUUUAAAUAAUUUUAAGACCAGCUUUUAAUUGAUGUCAAAACCCUGCUCCUUAGUUUCUUUGAGAGCGGGGAUAACUACAGCCAAGACAGAAAACAAUUUGCCUUAAGUGAUGCAUCUAAGCUUUUAGCUGGACAUAAUCAUUACAUUUUCUCUAAAAACAAAAGCUGUGUACUUAGUAGCAUAAAUUAUCAAGCCCUCUCAUUGCAGUUACAACUCAACUCAAAUGAAAAUAGAUGAAUUUUUACAUUGUUGCAUGCUUCCAAUUAAUGGAAAGCUCAACCUACACUUUGUUUAUGCACUUUUGCAUAAUUUAGGUUGAUUAAUUUUGGGUAAAAUCCUCCAUUGUGAUUUGAUGAGUAGAAAGUGAAAUGUCCGAAGUAUUUGAGGCCCUGAAGACCCUGCCGUGUUCCCCUGAAUGGCCAUGUUCAGAUGUUGGGUUUGUACGCGUCUGCUUCUCUUCUGUAGGGCGAGGAUCCUUCUGUCGCCCACGGUUGAGCACGCAUGUGCUUUGGUUUGCACUCUUAUUUGGCACUGCUCUCGUCAGCAGAACCCUGUUGUUCAUAUGGAAACCCUUCCAAAUUGUCGGUUUUUUUUCGUAGAUUACCUCGUAGCUGCGCACUUGUCCUUUGUGUAUAUUUCUUUUCUCUUCCUUCCCCCCCCCCCUCAUAUUCCCCAUAGAUGAGAAGUUGCUGUAGGAGUUUGAUUUUGUGAAGGGACCAAAUGAUUUAUGUAAUAAAUCUCAC